CCUUUCAUACGGAAUCAUGUUCUUCUUCGAAUGAACUAUGAAGAAUUUUUAAGGCUCUUGAGGAAAAAUCUCGUGAGAAAAGGAUAGAUUGGUAUGCAUUGAUAAGCGGAUGCCAUGCAGGAGAAGAGAAGAAAAAUCAAAUUUUGAUGAUCUGUUCCAUCUACUUCCUCUCCGACAUGAAGGACAUCAGCCACCUACUCUCGUUCGUUGGCUCUCGCGGAUCUCCCGUCACCGUCGCUCCUCCCUCUCGCCCACGGCAACGUAGCAUCUUCGUCGUCGUCACGAGACUGUAUCUGCAGUUCCAAGUUAUGGAAUCGCAUCGGAUGUUGCAGUCAUCGAGCAUGAAUUUACAUGAACUCCAUAUCACUUCUUCUCAAGCACAAAGUGAGCGUGCACUGGUCUUAUGAUAGAGCUGAAAAGAAAGCAGAGCUGCCUGCCUGCAAUGGCCCAUCCUUCAUGGCCAAAUGCUGUCAAACUGGCUCAGCUUUGGAAGAUAAAGCAAAGAGGCAGAGCUAAGUAACCUGCAAAAAGGAGGCAACCAUCCAACGACUUCAAAACAAGGACCAAAAAGAGACAUAGGGACGGGUGCCCACUUUGAGCUGCUCCUCGUCUUCUCCAAUGCUCUAAACGCCACUUGGUUUACUGUCAUAAACAAAGCUCCCCUGUUCCUUAAUCCAUGGCUUACUUCUCACCUUCUUCUGCUGAAGAGAAGUCUUGUCUUAAGGCUCAUGCUCUAUAGAGUGCUGUGCAAUGUUCGUUUUCAACGCCAAAUCUUCUACCGUGAGGUUUGGAAGUUGAAGUAGAUCUUUGGAACGUGUGCAUGUGAGGGGAAGGCGAAGCCUUGCAGAAGGAGGUUGAGCAUUCAAAAGCAGAGCAGUGCAAUGUCAAGGUCGAGAGGGUCGGACGAGCGGCCUCAGCGGUCAUUGCCGCGCGCGCCGCUGCACCUGCGGAGCAUCGGUUUUGCCGAGGCGAACGCCGUGAGUCACCACCUUGAUGACGCCGCGGCCGUCGCCGAUCGCAGUUACAAGGUGUCCUCUCGCAUCGUCUCGCAUGAGAGGAAGUGGGGCACGAGCGUGGUGGAACUUGAGACGAAGCUGAGCAAGGCCCAGGCGGAGCUCAAGAAGCUAAAAGAUCGCCUGGCCUCGGCGGAGGCCGCCGAGGUCGAAACGGAGAAAGCUCUCGCGAAGGCCAAGAAGCGGCUCCCAGCAGCUUCCGUAGACGCGAAAGGGGCAGGGGUGACGCCUCCUCUGGCUCGGGAUUCUCGCUCGGGAGAUGCUCGACAAAAUGACAAGGAGCACAGCGUCACUUCUCCGGCGACGAUGGAUGUCUUCGAAGUCGUAGUGCCGGUAGAGCCCCUCCCCGUGGUGGAUGAAGUCGACGGCGAGGAGAGGAAAGAAGAAAAGGAGGUGAUGGAGGGGGAAGGGGAGGAGACAAAGGGAAUGAUUGAGAAAACUGAGAGGGAAGAGGCUUCUUCUUCUGUUGCAGAAAAAGACGAAGAGGAGAAGGAAGUACGUAUUCUAAAAUCCAAACUUUUGGCGAAGGAGAAGGAAUUAGCAAUUCGACUGGAAGAAAACAUGAUCUUUAAGAUUAAAGCAGAGGAACAAGCUAAGAAGCUUGCAGAAUCUGCUCAAACAACGCAAGAACAGCUCAUGGCUCAACUGAAUUCAAUGGAGGAAGAACUGAAACAGAGUAAGACCAAAGAGCAGCAGCUGAACUCGCAAUUGGAGGCGGCAGAAGGCGAAAAUACAUCACUGGAGAUGGAACUGAAGCGAACGAAGGUGCAAAUGGAUCAAUGGCGGAAGGCCGCAGAGGCAGCGGCUGAGGUAUUAGCCACCGGAAACGAGGCAAGUGCGGAGACGGGUGACAGAAGGUUAGUUGAGCGUUGCAUGUCGAUGGACAAACACCUCGGGGUGAUCGCCGGAGCCAUGGAAGAGAAUGACAACGGCGGAGGAGUAACGAGGAAGAGCGCCGGUGCGCGGCUCUUCGGGAACCUUCUUUGGAAGAAAAACCAGCAGAAUUGAGGUCAUAGACGUUCACCAUCUCCCUACUCUGUUUCUCUGUCGUGUUGUUUUGUUACUCUUUAGUUCUUGCACUGUCAUGUCGUUUGUAUUGAGAGAGACGGGAUCUUGAUAUUGUGUUUUACUAUAGCAUAAUUAUGAAGAAAUUUCAUGGGAUUUUGAUA